AUGGAUCACACACUCUCCUUUUUGCAGAACAUCUCUGCCACAUCCCCGGAACUCGCCGUGGUCGGCACGAUCUUGGGAUAUGCCGCCUGGCGGCUCUACCGCCUCCUCAGCUUCGUGUACAUGACCCCGCUGCGCGUUCUCCCCGGCCCUCCCGUGCCCAGCCUCGUGUACGGGAACUUGAACGAGUUCGGCGAGGUCGAGGGGUCCUUCUUGCCCGACCAGCUGUUCGCGAAGUACGGGAAGAACUACGUUGACCACGAAUUCUUCAUGACACCGCGUCUCUGGACGUUGGAUUCCCGGGCAAUCAACCAUGUUUUGAUGCACUCUACGGAGUAUGGGAGGCCGGAGGAGACCGUCCGGAACCGCAUCAAGAACUUUGGCAAAGGCAUACUCUUCGUGCAAGGCCAGGAGCACAGGCAACAGAGAAGGAUCAUGAACCCGGCAUUUGGGCCCACACAGGUCCGCGAUCUCACCGCGAUCUUCGUCCAGAAAUCUACCCAGCUCCGUGACAUUUGGGCUACGGCAGCCUCAAAAACCGGGGGCGCAGUGCGUGUGGACGUGAGCAGGGACAUCAGCAAGGCGACUCUCGACAUCAUCGGAAUGGCUGGCUUCAACUACGACUUCCAAGCUCUGGAUGCCGGGGACACGUCGAACGAGCUCAGCGCCGCCUUUCAGAAGCUCUUCACCAACCUUCGCACCUUUUCUCUGUUUGGCUACUUGAUGGCCUUCCUCCCCAUCUUCAAGCUCAUCCCGAACCCCCGUCUGAAGAAGGUAGAAGAGGCAGCGGAUGUUAUAAACCGUGUGGGAUCAAAGCUCGUCACCGACCAGAAGGCUGCUACCGCGCAAGCCGCGGCGGAGAAGCACGUCCAAGGCCCCGAACGCAAGGACCUGCAGGGGCGGGACUUGUUGACGCUGCUGAUCAAGGCGAACAUGGCCACGGACAUCCCCGACAACCAGAAAAUGACGGACGAGGAUGUCAUCAGCCAGAUCCCGACUUUCCUUAUUGCUGGUCAUGAGACCACCAGCACUUCAACUACGUGGGCCCUCUACGCUUUUUGCAAGCAUCCGGAGGUACAGCGCAAGCUCCGCGAGGAGCUUCUGGCUGUUGAAAACGAGACACCGACUAUGGAGGACUUCAACGCGCUCCCCUAUCUCGACGGGGUCAUACGCGAGACGCUCCGUCUGUACGCUCCCAUAACGCAACUCAGUCGCGAGGCGAAGAAGGAUGACGUGAUUCCCUUGAACGAGCCCAUGACUGACCGGUAUGGCAAGGUGCACCACGAGAUCCGUAUUGCGAAAGGGAACAAGGUGAUGCUUCCUAUCCUCGCGGCGAACCGGUCGAAGGAGAUAUGGGGCGAACACGCUCUGGAGUUCAAACCGGAGCGGUGGAUUCAACCUUCUGCAGUGACAUCGACCCUACCCGGCGUGUGGGGCCACCUCCUCACCUUCAUCGGCGGCCCCCGCGCAUGCAUCGGGUAUCGGUUCGCCCUGGUUGAGCUCAAGGCUCUCCUCUUUUUCCUCGUCCGCGCGUUCGAAUUCGAGUUCGCUGUUCCAGCCGAGGAUGUCGUCAACGUCGCCGCUGCGCUGCAGAGGCCAUCGCUGCGCUCUGCGCCCAAGGAGGGCGCGCAGCUUCCUCUCGUGGUCAAGCCGUACAAAGCGGCGGCUUAG